AUGGCCGCCCCUAGACUAACCCUAUUCUUCCGAGUAGCCUGUUUCUCAGGCUUCGUCCCCACCCUCGGCCCCAGCCCCAGCCGCAGGCCCCACCUCUGCUGCGGGUUUCCACAGCUGGCGCCACACAGCACAACGCACAGGUGCUUAGUGUGCCGAGGGCCCUCACUCCAUCAACCCUUAGCCACGUCUCUGGAGACGCACGGGCCGACUUCUGCAGGAGCCCAGCUCCUCUGCUCCUCGGCAUCAGGGACUCAGCAAGGAUGCAGAGGCCAGGGCUCCCUGGCUGGGGCCAAAGGAGCCUUAGUACGAGUUUCCUCCAGCGGCCUCUCAGGACUGAGGCACAGGGCAGAGGCGCAGAAGCGAAGCUCCCAGCGGCUCCAGCACACCUUGGCGCUGCGCAGGCUCUAUGUUACUCUCUGCUCUGCGUGGGAUCCUGAAGGAAGCAUUAGGUUUGGAAGACUGAAUAAGAUCAGCUCACCUAUGUUAUCCGCUCUCGGAAAGACCUGUGGUGGGCAGCCAGGGAUUGUCUUCAGUGGGGCUCUAGGGGGACAGGAGAUGACCCCUCUCAGUUCCCCACUUUUCAUCUUUCAGCCAAUCCGCUACAACUGCAAUUUUUUGCCUGAUUCAGAAAACAAGGACACGUUUAAAAGUGCCACCACGACACUGGACCUGCGCGUGCUUCUUUCUGUGCCUCUGCCAUUGUUUGGCGGCAACCUGCAGUCCUCAACUUUGGCUGCAACUCAGAUUACCCGAGGAAUUUCUCAAACUCCCAAAGCCCAGGCUGCGUCUCAGACCAAGAACGUGAGAAGCCCUAAGCCCUUGGGUCGGGAACACGAGGCCAAGGCUGAGGACUGCGCUAUAAACCCUUCCUCCCGGGCAACAGCCGGGAGACGACCGGACCCACUCCGCAAAGACUACCCCGACUUCCACCCCGACCCCCGCGCUGCACACGCGCGCUGCUCCCAGCGUUCCGGAUGCGGCUUCGCGUUUCGGAGACCGCGCCGGGCGCGCAACACUCCCCCGGCAGAGCGGCGAGGCCGCGGGAGCGCUGGCCGCGGUGCACCUGCGCGGGCCGGAGGGAAUUCUCGGGACAACAAGUGGGACACUGAGGAAGACAGCCAGGACCAGCAACUGAAAAUUGUCCUGCUGGGGGAUGGCACCUCUGGGAAGAUCUCCUUCGCCACGUGUUUUGCUCAAGAAACUUUUGGGAAACAGCAUGCGCCACCACCCCGGCUGGAUAAGUAUAUCUAUGGAGCACAGGGAAUCCUCUCGGUAUAUGAUAUUGCAAGUUAUCAAAGCUUUGAGGAUUUAGAAGACAGGUAUACUGCAGUGAAGAAAGUGAGUGAAGAGUCAUAAACUCAGCCAAUGCAUGCAUGUGGCAAUAAAAUUGAUUUGGAGCAUAUGCACACAGUAAAACCCAAGGAGCACUUACAAUUUUGCCAGGAAAACGGUUUUAGUAGCCGCUUGUUUCAGCCAUGACAGGAGACUGUCUUCCUGUGUUUUCAGAAAGUUGCUGCUGAAAUCCUUGGAAUCAAGUUAAAUAAAGCAGAAACGGUACAGUCAUGGAGGGUGGUAAAGGCAGAUACUGUAAACUACAACCAGGAGCCCAUGUCAAGAACUGUUAUCCGGGCUAGGAGCUCCAUGUGUGCAGUUCAGUGAGCGCAUUGUCCUUCUGUGUUGCUAGCGCUGGCUGCCUUCUACCUGCGAGCGGGCCCAGGCUGUCUAGGAACUGGUUUUAUCAGUGACCAUCUCCGUAGUGCUGUCCACACUUUGCUCCCAUUGCUUCAUCAGUAAGUAUUGCCUCAGAGCCGUAGGCAGCUCCUUGGACGCGAUAAGAAUUCUACAUCGGGACCACACACUUGAAGAUCAA